GAGGGCAGCAAUCCGUUGAUGGUCUGUGGGCAGCAAGUGGAAAACCCUAUAAAUGAAAAAGAGGUAUGGAUGGAGACGAGGAUGGAGAUAAUGACAGACUACUCAUUAAAAUUGAACCAAAACAAGAAGAAGAAAUUCAUUCCUUUCUUCAAGGACAUACUUCAGUAAGCAACAAACUUUUGGUGACAAUAAAGGAUGAAAUUACCAUUAGUACGCCAAGUUCAAAAUCUCUUUAUAAUGAAGAAGUACAGUCACAGUCUGACUUUCACGUUUUACCUAGGUGCAAAUCAGUGUCUAAAGAUUUUAAAUGUGCUGAUUGUGAUUAUAGGACAAAAGAUAGACGCGUCUUCAAACGACAUGUUUUAAAACAUAAAGUUUCUCAAGAUUUUAAAUGUGCUGAUUGUGAAUAUGCGACAAAUUAUAAACGGAAUCUUAAACAGCAUCUUUUAAAACAUAAAGUUGAGAAAGAUUUUAAAUGUGUUGAUUGUGAAUAUGUGACAAAUUAUAAACCGCACUUCACACGACAUCUUUUAACUCAUACAGUUUCUAAGGUAUUUAAAUGUACGGAUUGUGAUUAUUGGACAAAUAAUGAACGGAACUUUAAACGACAUUUAUUAAAACAUAAAGUUUCUAAGGAUUUUAAAUGUGCUGAUUGUGAUUACGAGACAAAAGAUAGACACCUCUUCAAAAAACAUGUUUUGAAACAUAAAGUUUCCAAAUUUUUUAAAUGUGCUGAUUGUGAUUAUGGGACAAAAGAUAGACGCCUCUUUGAAAGACACGUUUUAAAACAUAAAGCUUUUAAAUGUGCUGAUUGUGAUUAUAGGACAAAAGAUAGACGCCUCUUCAAACGACAUGUUUUGAAACAUAAAGUUUGUAAAGAUUUGAAAUGUGCUGAUUGUGAUUAUGAAACCCAUUAUAAAAGCACCUUUAAACAACAUCUUUUAACACAUAAAAUUUCAAAGGAUUUUAAAUGUGUUACUUGUUAUUAUGGGACAAAUAACAAUCAACUUUUUAAACGACAUCUUUUAAUACAUCAAGUUUGUCAGGAUUUUAAAUGUUCUGAUUGUGAAUAUGCGACAAAUUAUAAACGGAACCUUAAACAGCAUCUUUUAAAACAUAAAGUUGAUAAAGAUUUUAAAUGUGUUGAUUGUGAAUAUGCGACAAAUUAUAAACCGCACUUCACACGACAUCUUUUAACUCAUACAGUUUCUAAGGUAUUUAAAUGUACGGAUUGUGAUUAUUGGACAAAUAAUGAACGGAACUUUAAACGACAUUUAUUAAAACAUAAAGUUUCUAAGGAUUUUAAAUGUGCUGAUUGUGAUUACGAGACAAAUUAUAAAUACCUCCUGGAACAACAUCUUUUAACACAUAAAGUUUCUCAGGAUUUUAAAUGUCUUGAUUGUGAUUAUGGGACAAAUAAUAAACGGAACCUUAAACAGCAUCUUUUAAAACAUAAAGUUGAUAAAGAUUUUAAAUGUGGUGAUUGUGAAUAUGCGACAAAUGAUAAAUGCAGUUUCAAACAACAUCGUUUAAAACAUAAAGUUUCCAAAGAUUUUAAAUGUGCUGAUUGUGAUUAUGGGACAAAAGACAGACGCCUCUUUGAACGGCAUGUUUUAAAACAUAAAGAUUUUAAAUGUGCUGAUUGUGAUUACAAGACAAAAGAUAGACGCCUCUUCAAAGGACAUGUUUUAAAACAUAAAGAUUCCAAAGAUUUUAAAUGUACUGAUUGUGAUUAUGAAACCAAUUAUAAAAGGAUCUUUAAACAACAUCUUUUAACACAUAAAAUUUCCAACAACAUCUAUUAA